AUGAAAAGGAAAAAGGGAUUGAUCACUUAUAUGCUUUGCUUGUUUGUAGUUCAUAACGUUUGCCAAGGUAAGAUUCGAGGGAAGGAUAAAUGCAUGUGUGAACUUUUUGAUUAAGAUGUUCACCGAAACUAUCAAUAUAUUAUUUAAACUAAGAUAUCUCAGGAGCACUCAACGAAGGUUCUCUCCUAAAUGCAGUAAAAACACUUUUUAGGCUAUCCAGAAUACUUUUAGAUCUUUAGAAAUACAUUCUAAUCGGCGCUAUAAUAUUCUGUUCGGUCAUCCUAGGAUAACUUGGGUCUUUUCGAAAUUACCAGGGCUUCAGACAUGUUAUUUUCCCGAAUAUUUUUGAUGCAAUUUAAAGUUUUACGAAAGUGAGAAUUUUUCUGAUUCCUCUUUCCGGCGCAUUUUCGAAUCAGAAAAUUCUAAGUUGCCUUUUUCUGCGAAAAAUCAAACUUCAGAAAAUCGUAGGGAAAAAUCGAAAAAUGUACAUGAAUGGAACGGUCCCCUAGAAAUUCUUAGCCUUCCUAAGGUAUAGAAAAUUCUAGGCAAUUUUUGCUUCUCCGAACAGAUAUAAAUUAUAGCCGUUAUAUCUAGGAUUUUUGAAAACGUUCCUACCAGCUAUGGCAACAAUUUAACCGAAAUGUGGCCGAAAUAGCGCGUUCAUGCUUGCAUCUGAUAAGCUCGAAAAUCGCACUAAGAAAGGAAAAGCAGUGGAAAAUAUACAGAGCGAAGGAAAAAUAAGGGAGGUGAUGAGGAAAGAAUGUGAUGAUUGCGCUGUUAGUUUUUGCAUUGGCUGCUUUAGAGAGAGUUCUUAAACGAAACAAAUGGCUUGACUAAAGAGGUCUACUUUAGAAGUAACGUUUUCAAAAAUCCAGCUAGAUAUUAAAUGAUAAUCUAUCUGCCUUUGCUAAUAAUUACAUGUAGGUUUACUCCUUCAAACCGAAAAAAGAAAGGAUUUAUCUGCCCUCCUGUUUGAUGUACACGCCAGCGACAGAGAUAGUAUCACGGGAUCCAGGACUACACUUAUUACCACAAACUCUGACAGGGAUUUCCAUUCAUACCCAACUGGUAAACUUAGGAAAUCUGCGAAAGCUCGUUGGAAGGUUAUUUGUCCUUCACAUGAGGUAAGCACCGUUCAGCCUCGUAUUUUUCAAGAGCGUGAUACCGAACUGAAAUCUACUGCAAGCGAUGGUAACGUGGGAGAAAAUUCAAAGAAAAUAACUUCUGGAGCAAUGAAAGUUAAAGACAAGCUGCCAGGACACGCUUUGAGGGAGUCCGCAAUGGAUGCUGGGAUGACACCUCAGAAAGAAACUAAACUAAAGGAUUUUGAAAGCAAAAAGAAAGCAGAAGAAGUCGCAGAAAGUAAAAUUCGUAAACAGACAGGCAAAGGUCAGUCAUUUCAAGGUAAAAUAGACGACAGCUUAUUGCAAGGGGAACCUAUUCUGAGAAAGUCUUACGGACCUACGCAACCUCGAGCAAGAUCACACAUUAAAAUGGCUUCACAUUCCGAAACUCGCUUGAAUGAUCGUAGGACAUCAAUAGCAAGGAAGCAGAAUUCCCUACCUACAGCAACAACGGAAUCGCUCUCUCCUGGAGAAGUUGCGGCCAUAACUGUGGGAUUAAUGGCAGGAGCGAUGGUACUGAUGGUUAUUGGGACGGCGCUUUGGUGAGUUUUAAUGUUAGCUGCAGAAUGGACCUUAUUCACGAUAUCCGCCGUCUUUGCACGCGCUUUAGAACCGAUGGGAUAAAAGCAAUGUUGCAUGGUUUCUCAUGGGGGGACAAGUGAAAAAAUUUACCAGUGCAAGAAAUCGCGGUUGAUUUUGUUUAUUCUGUACAUCAGAAAAUGAAUAACUUUUUGGAAUAAAGACGAUAAUGGCAAGCUAUGGGUAGAACUGAUCAUUGUUACUUUAGCUGGAUGCAGUAGCGACCGUAGAUGUCCUCACAGAAACAAAUAAUGAGGAACUAGAACUGUAGAUUUUUCAAGACUAUUAAUUUUUCUUCUCGUUUUUAUAGAAUAAGCAAACUUGACCUCAACUACUCGUAUUGGCACAUUUUAUCACUUGUUUGUCUUAUGAUUGUCUGGGUAUCAGAUGUUUCUCGGCGGAAAGGGCAAGGAAGACCUAAAUCUCAGGCUACUCUUAUGAUCUCGCCUAAGGUUCGAUCCAUAUAAGGUAACCCGGACUCUAGUAUCAAAGAAAAUUUUACUAGUGGAAUGUGGAAUCCUCGGUUUUGGAACACGGAAUCUCACUAACGAUUGGAAUCCGCUUGAAAUCCAGAAUCCAAGACUGUCUUGGAUUACCUUAUACGGGGCGAUAAAGUAUAUCAAAAACAUCUGAAAACUAAGAUAGACGAUAGCCUGGAAGAAAAUAAUUAAUUAGCUUUUGUUAGAUUACUUACGAGGAGCUCCCAAUACGAUAUUGUUCAAAAAAUGAAACAAAGCAUAAUAUAACCGGCGACUUUUUGUAUAGAUCCAGAUUUCUGGAAAAAAGAACACCUAAAGCGAACAAGAACACACCAUAAAAUGUGCUCUUUAAGCAGCAAAGCAACAACAUAGGUAAAAAUUUGUUAUUGUUUCUCUCUUAGUUUAUAAGUAUUGCAAAAAUAUCAAGUUUUACUGAAAGGAAAUCAGUACUCCGCCUAGUUGCUUCUUAUUCUUCUAAGAGAUGGCGGGGGCGAGAAAAAUCACAAUGGUUAUUAAGGAGCGUCGGGGAACUGGUUCAGUGGAUAUGCUAUUACAGCGACUGACUGUUUUGUUUGAAAUUUCAAAACCCUGGGACCAGGCUCCGCAAUGGUUGAAAAAGGAAAAAAAACGAGGUAAAAAAGAAAAAAAAAAUACAAUCGUCGAGCGAGCGAGCGGUGGACUGAAGAGAGGGUAAGGGCGGCCACCCUUCCCCGUUCCCAGACUUCCGCUCGGCUGGCUUCGCUCGCUGAGAUUUUUUGGCUGCGGAGCCUGGUGCCAGGCUAGAAAUUUAGCAUCUUCCAAAGUCUGUUAAUUCAAUUUUUCUUUUAAGGAUGAAGUGCGAGAAUCGAUUCAUUAGGCGUACCGAUCCAGAAUUAGGAUUGGCGAGUCCAGCGAUGACACGCUUUGGUGAAGAACUUAGUGAAGAGGAAAUCAUAUUUGAAAGGAAUUUCAAAGUUACAAGAAGUAAAAAGGAACCUUCUACACCGCAAUCAAAUUCAAGCUCCACUAGUGCCCCUCAUCCAACAAGUCUUUUAACAACGUGA